AUGCCCCCUGGACGCCACAUCCAUGUGGAUAGGAGGGGCGAGGAAUGGUAUAUAAAGGCCGGGUGUUCUUCCCAUCUGACCUGUGUGGAGUCUAUGAUGCACGUCUUGAAAUUUGCGGUUGGCCUUGCACUAUGCUGUGUCGUUGGCGUCAAAGCGUUGGACAAUGGCGUUGGUCGAGUUCCUGUGUUGGGAUACAAUACUUGGAACGCGUACCACUGCGAUAUUGACGAGGACCUUGUCUUUACUACUGCUAAGCUCAUGAAGUCUCUUGGUCUCCAAGACGCUGGUUAUAACUACGUCAACAUUGACGACUGUUAUUCGGAGAAAAAUCGUAGUGCAGAUGGAUUUAUCGUCGAAGACCACAUUCGAUUCAAAAGUGGAAUGAAAACUCUCACAGACAAGAUUCACGCCCUCGGGUUAAAAACAGGCAUCUACAGUGAUUCCGGAUGGUUCACCUGCGGAGGAUUCCCUGGCUCCUUCCAAAAUGAAGAUCGAGAUAUCAAGACGUUCCAAGACUGGGGUUUCGAUUAUCUCAAAUAUGAUAAUUGCGCCAUUCCCUACGAUUCGAUCAUUCGAGAAGGGAUCGUUGGCAAAUACCAACGUAUGGCUGAUGCAAUUGCAAGACUCGCAAAGCAGACACAUAAACCUCCCGUUUUGUUCAGCUUGUGCGAAUGGGGAUGGAGCCAAGUUUGGAUCUGGGGAAAGCAAUUCGGGCAGAGCUGGAGGACAACCGGCGACAUAGCUCCGGAAUGGAAUUCCUUGGCUUCCAUUAUCAAUUUUAACUCGUUCCUUACCACUUCGACCGAUUUUUUCGGGAGGAAUGAUUUGGAUAUGCUACAAAUUGGUAACGGAGGUCUCACGCUGGAGGAAGCUAAAUCGCACUUCACUGCGUGGGCCUUGAUGAAAUCACCUCUUCUUAUUGGAACAAAUCUUUCAGCGAUCACUCCAGAAAUUCUUGAAAUUUUGAAAAACAGGGAAGUCUUGGCUAUCAAUCAAGACCCGGUCGUAGGAGAAUCCAUUGCUCCUUUCAGGUGGGGUAUAAAUCCCGAUUGGACAUCCAACAGCAGUUUCCCAGCUCAGUAUUGGAGCGGUCGUUCGGAGAAUGGGACGGUUAUCAUGCUUCUCAAUACCCUCAACGAAACGGCCUCGAUGACCUUUAACCUCACGGAGUCUCCUUGGAUUCGUGCUGGAAGACAGUAUUCCGUCAGGGACCUCUGGACGCAUACAAACAACGGAACUGCAGUUCGCAAUUUCACAGCUAAAGCCGUUCCUCCUCAUGGUGUGGUAGCGUUGUUAUUGAAGGACGCUGGUGAUGAGCCCAGUGGCUUAUUCCCUGCCUGUAGUGUGUGGUUUCAAUGCACGGAUAAGAACGGAACUCGUGUGGGGGGAUAG